CUCCCGGACAGUCGCGCGCAGCUGGACCCAGGCACGCAGUUGGGUCUCAGCAGUGCACAGGGUCGGUCCGAGCCUCAUGGAGCUGAGCCUAGCGGGGCGCCGGGCGCUCGUCACUGGGGCGGGCAAAGGCAUCGGGCGCAGCACUGUCCAGGCGCUGCACGCGGCGGGUGCACAAGUGGUGGCUGUGAGCCGGACCCAGGCCGACCUGGACAGCCUGGUCCGCGAGUGCCCAGGGGUAGAGCCUGUGUGUGUGGACCUGGGUGACUGGGAGGCCACGGAGCGAGCGCUGGGCGGCGUGGGCCCUGUGGACCUGCUGGUGAACAAUGCUGCCGUGGCGCUGCUGCAGCCCUUCCUGGAGGUCACCAAGGAGGCGUGUGACACGUCUUUUGACGUGAACCUUCGGGCUGUCAUCCAGGUGUCCCAGAUCGUGGCCCGAGGCUUAAUAGCUCGGGGAGCCCCGGGGUCCAUCGUGAAUGUCUCUAGCCAGGCCUCCCAGCGCGCACUGACUAACCACAGCGUCUACUGCUCCACCAAGGGUGCCUUGGACAUGCUGACCAAGGUAAUGGCUCUGGAGCUUGGGCCACACCAGAUCCGUGUGAAUGCACUCAACCCCACAGUGGUGAUGACACCCAUGGGCCAGGCCAACUGGAGCGACCCCCAGAAGGCCAAGACCAUGCUGGAUCGCAUCCCACUUGGCAAGUUUGCCGAGGUGGAGAACGUGGUAGACACCAUCCUCUUCCUGCUGAGUGACCGCAGCAGCAUGACCACGGGCUCCACUGUGCCGGUGGAUGGAGGCUUCCUGGCUACCUGAGCCCCUCCACCCACACACACACAUGUUCCAUGCUGAGCCCACUUUUACCCCCACCCCCCUUCCCCAUCCCUCCAAUAAACAUGAUUCUUCUGCCCA